AUGAUAUUGAGUACACAAAUGGUCUACAAACAUGCUAUGUAUAAGUGCUUCGCCGGGUGGUUCAUUCAUUCCGAGUUCCACCUCACUCGGAAUAUACGGAAAUUAUUAUUCAUUGCACUUUCUUCCUAUGCAGUUGCUUACAUCUUUUAUUUUAUCUACACUGUUACACGUGUGACGUAUACUCGAAGAGAAUUUUCUAAACGGGACUUAUCAGAUGGUCCACUGGUACUGAAAGAAGGUGUAGCCGUUGGGAAGAGCAUAGCAAUUGGAAAAAAGUUUGCAAUGUCGAAAAAAGCAAAAGUAUCAGAGAAGAAACAAAGUAAACUGAAGAAGCGUAAAUGGAAAAUUUCAACUAAACACAAUGAACCGCUUCCAAAAUUGGAUGAAGACUUCAUCAAAGUAAGUGCACUCUAA